AGGAUGAUGGUGUGUAUGGAAAGCUGAUCUGAGGAUCUGCUCUGUUUCCAGGGUGAUGAGCUUUGUGCUUUGAGAACAUCAGAUAUUAUGGGCUGUGCUUGCUGUAAGCAGAGGAAGGCCAGUAAAGCUGUGUCGAACCAAAACUCCUGCGACGCAUUCAAUGGGACGCAGGCGUCAGAACCGUCCCGCUACAUCCCCGAUCCCACAUUUAACUCAGGAAUCCCAAACUUCAAUGAUUUCUCAAACCCACUUACUCCUCCAACGUCCAUCAUCAACCCGGCACGUCCUCCUGGACUCACAGGAGGUGGCGUGACCCUCUUUAUAGCCCUCUAUGAAUAUGAUGCUCGUACUGAAGAUGAUCUGAGCUUCCAGAAAGGAGAAAAGUUUCAUAUUAUCAACAACACCGAGGGCGACUGGUGGGAGGCUCGAUCUCUAGACACUGGCAAAUCUGGAUAUAUUCCCAGUAACUAUGUGGCUCCUGUGGACUCCAUACAGGCUGAGGAGUGGUAUUUUGGGAAGAUGGGCCGGAAAGAUGCUGAACGACAGCUGCUGGCGCAAAACAAUCCCAGAGGGACAUUUUUAAUACGCGAGAGCGAGACAACUAAAGGAGCUUAUUCUUUGUCCAUCAGAGACUGGGACGAUGCGAAAGGCGAUCACGUCAAGCAUUACAAGAUCAGGAAGCUGGACAACGGUGGAUAUUACAUCACAACCAGGACUCAGUUUGAUACAGUCCAGCAGCUGGUGGAGCAUUACACAGGAAGUAAUGAUGGUUUAUGUUGCUACUUGACUAAAGCCUGUCCCAAUACCACACCACAAACAAUGGGCUUAGGCCGGGACGCCUGGGAGAUCGCCCGCGACACGCUCAAGCUCAACCGGAAGUUGGGUCAGGGCUGUUUCGGAGACGUCUGGAUGGGCAUGUGGAACGGCACCACUAAAGUGGCUGUGAAAACGCUGAAGCCUGGCACCAUGUCUCCUGAAGCCUUCCUGGAUGAGGCGCAGAUCAUGAAGAGGCUCCGUCAUGAUAAACUGGUUCAGCUUUAUGCUGUGGUGUCCGAGGAGCCUAUCUACAUCAUCACCGAGUUCAUGAGUCAAGGAAGCUUAUUGGACUUUUUGAAAGAUGGUGAUGGCAGAAAUUUAAAAUUGCCUCAACUUGUGGACAUGGCAGCACAGAUCGCUGCCGGCAUGGCCUACAUCGAGCGGAUGAACUACAUCCACCGAGACCUGCGAGCUGCCAAUAUCCUGGUCGGAGACGGUCUGGUCUGUAAGAUUGCAGAUUUCGGUCUGGCUAGACUGAUCGAGGACAACGAGUACACAGCUAGACAAGGAGCGAAGUUUCCCAUUAAGUGGACUGCACCGGAGGCGGCUCUCUAUGGUAAAUUCACCAUCAAAUCAGACGUAUGGUCUUUCGGCAUCCUGUUGACGGAGCUGAUUACCAAGGGCAGAGUGCCAUAUCCAGGAAUGAACAACCGAGAGGUGCUGGAGCAGGUGGAGCGCGGAUACCGUAUGCCGUGUCCGCAGGGCUCGCCGGCAUCUCUGCACGAGCUCAUGCUUCAGUGCUGGAGGAAAGACCCCGAUGAGAGGCACACAUUCGAGUAUCUGCAGAGCUUCCUGGAGGAUUACUUCACCGCCACCGAGCCCCAGUACCAGCCCGGAGAGAACCUGUGAUAGACACACUUAUGUCCAUUAGUUCAAUAUAUCCUUCAGGAAAGACGCCGUCGCCUUUACUUUCUAGCACAGUACCUCCAUAAACUGAUUUUUGAUCCACAGCUUCUCAAUCACAAGCUUCAGUGCAACCGCUCAUCUUGUGCUUUGGUUUGAGACUUACUUGCAAGCUUAGGUCACUUUUGAGAAGUAAAACAGUCUAAGACGUCGAUUUAUUUAACUUGAGCACAUUAAUAUGCCUGUCUGCUGAUUAAAGGGAUAGUUUGCUCAAAAAAUGGCUGAUCAUUUACUCACACUUUCAUGUUUCUAUCUUCAGAAGAAUGCUGAAACCUGGGUAACCAUUGACUUCCAUAGUAGGAAAAAACAAUUACUUUUGGUUUUAAACAUUAAACAUUAAGACACUGAAUAUUUUGAAGUGAAGUGAGUUAAUGAUGACUGAAUUUUCAGUUUUGGGUGAACUAAAAUUAUUUAAAGAUGCGUUUAGGUGUUUCGUUUUCACUGUUUGACCACUUUCAUGAUUUUUUUUCAAAAGCAUGAUCUUUAGCCAGGUGCAUUGAUGGACGUGUUUAGGUUUAUUUACAACUAAUAUUGCUAAAAAAAAACAAUAAGACAAUGGAAAACUAUCCAUUUAGCCAGAAAACUACACCGACCCCUCUGGAUUUGUGUUAGAAUUAAAUCAUGAUUUUUUUUUCUUCUUAAGAUUUCAGACACCAACAUGUGUGAAUGGAUGUUUUUUUUUUGUGGCCAUUUGAAUGAAAAACAAUCAGAUCUAAUGCAUUUUCAGCUAUUUCUGGAAGCUCAACUAGUUUGUGUUUGGAGUCAUCAGUUACAGAUAUUAACUUAAAUGCAUCCUAAUGCUGUGUAAACAGGGUCUGAGAUUUUUCAUAGAACUGCCUGUUAUCUGUGGUUUGUUUAGUGCUGAAUGUGCCGUGCAGGUCUGUUCUCCAUUAAUGAAAAAAGCUCAAGAACGAGAGCACUCGAGGUUAUGCGACUCAGAAUGUGCAUUUUUAAACAACAAUUUAGCAUUUCUGUUUUUGUUUGUUUGUUAUUGUCUGAUUAAAAAAAUCAACAUUGAAUGCAACGCUGAAGCCAAAAAUUCACUUGAAAUUUCAGAAGAGGUGUGUUUGCAUGUCAAGACACUUCAAGAUGCGUUUGUUUCUUUAAGCCAGUCAUGUCAUAGCUUUAUAACCUUUCUUUGUUUAAUUGUGAACCUAACAGUCUUAUAUUAUCUUACUAGAAAGCAGUUCUGUCAUAUAAUAAGGAGACUUGAUGUCAGCAAACAAAAAAGACUUUCUUCAGAGCUGUCCUUUGAAAUGAAACAUUGCUGCAAUGCAUCCUGUAUUUUUACACUGUAUUUUACAUUUUAUGUCAUAUCUCAAUAAUUUAAGUACCUAUCAAAUCUGUGCCUUAAUUGGGGGGUUACAGUGAAAACUAUAGCCCUGAACUGGGGAAUGUGUAUUACAGUUAUGCAAUGUGUUUGUGCCAAUCUAUUACACUGAGCUUACUGAACUGAA